AUGGGAACACUUCGAGACCUCCAGUUUGCCCUGCAGUUUAAGAUUGAGGAGCUUCGUCAAAGAGACACGCUAAUUGACGAGUUAGAGCUGGAAUUAGACACAAAGGAUGAACUCAUUCGAAGACUGCAGGGAGAACUUGACCGCUGCAGAGCCACCAUCCCACUCCCAGGACCCUCUGCAGUCAGUACCGGGUGCUCUGCUGAGGGCGAGGACUCGGAGUACCAGACGGCUGAAAGGAAGACCAUAAUUUCCGAACCCUUCGAUCCGGAUCUCAUGACGGUCAAGAUCCCCAACAGAGGAUGUGACAAAAGCCAAGAGUCGCAGAGGCUGAUACAGGCUUCGUUUUUAAAAAAUGACUUCUUCAAGCACCUUGACGGCGGGCAGAUCAGGGCGGUCGUGGACUGCAUAUAUCCCACCACCGUCAAGCAGGGCUGCUGUGUCAUCGAAGAGGGAUCCGAAGGGGCUCUUGCCUACAUUUUAGAUGAGGGGCGCUUGGAUAUGACGAAGGAUGGCCAGAAGCUGCUUACAGUUGAACCGGGGAACAUGUUUGCAGAACUGGCACUGCUGUACAGAUGUACCCACCCCUACUCUGUCACAGCACUAAUGGACAGCAAGUUGUGGGUUAUUGACCAAAACAGCUUCCAAACAAUACUCAUGCAGAAUGGUCUCAGAAGCCUGUCUCGAUCUAUGGAGCUGCUUAGCAGUGUCCCGUUUCUUCAGUCGCUACCAGAGGACGUCAUCAUGAACAUGUCUGAUCUUAUGGAAGAGAUCCACUACACCGAGGACGAUUACAUCAUUCGACAAGGGGCCACGGGGGACACGUUUUACAUCAUCACCGAGGGCCAGGUAAAUGUGACGGCAAGGAAGUCGAGCCACGAAGAACCGGUUGUCCUUUAUAAACUCUCUCAGGGGCAAUGGUUUGGUGAAAAAGCCCUGUGGGGGGAAGAUGUUCGCACAGAGAACGUCGUUGCUUCUGGGGAGGUUACGUGUUUGGUAAUAGACAAAGAAGCCUUCAAAAACGCCGUUGACGGUUUGCCGGAUCGCGGCCACGACGAGCGGCAAAACAGUGAAUCCAGAAUCGAGUCGGACAGGAAUGCUGCUUUCCUCUCACGUACGACCUUAAGUGAUUUCCAGGUUAUUUGCCGGCUGGGAGUUGGGGAGACUGGUCACGUAGACCUGGUACAGCUAAGCAGCAACACCAAGUGUCCCUUUGCCAUGAGGGUGCUUAGGAAGCGGCUGAUCCCCGACAGGGGCCAACAGGAGCACAUUCUAAGGGAAAGACACAUCCUCAUGGAAGCUCAUGGCCCAUUCAUAGUCAGGCUGCACCGAACCUUUAGAGAUGCCCAGUGCCUGUACAUGCUGAUGGAGGCUUGUCUCGGCGGGGAUCUCCGGAGUCUACUGAAAGACAGAGGCUCAUUUGAUGACGGCACCGCUCGGUUCUACACUGCUUGUGUCGUCCAGGCCCUGAUCUUCCUACACUGUCGGGGUGUCAUCUAUAGAGACCUCAAGCCGGAAAAUGUGGUUCUGGACAACCGUGGAUAUGCCAAAUUGGUAGGCUCUGGGUGUGCAAAGAAGGUGGAGGCGGGGAGGAAAACCUGGACGUUUUGUGGGACCCCGGGCUACAUGGCCCCCGAAAUCCUCCUGAACAAAGGCCACAGUGUUUCUGCCGAUGUCUGGUCCCUGGGCAUUUUUGUCUUUGAACUUUUGAGUGGCAGUUUUCCCUUUAACAGCCCAGGUCCCAUGCAGACAUUUGCUGCCAGCGUCCGUGGCAUUGACCAAGUCGACUUCCCGAAAACCAUCAGCGAGAGCGCCGCCGGCCUCAUUAGGAUGCUGUGCAGGAACAAUCCUGCAGAGAGACUGGGCAGUCAGAGAAAUGGGGCCAAGGACAUCCUGAAGCACAAAUGGUUUGAAGGAUUCAGCUGGGAGGGACUUUGCAGUGGCACAUUGCAGCCCCCUAUAAUUCCAAAAAUCAGUCAUCCCUCGGAGAGCAGCAGACCUGAUCAUUACCCCGCACCGCCGGACAGCUCUCCAGAGUGGCUGCAGAACUGGGACAAGGAUUUCUGA